GCUUGUUUUGUCACUUCCGUUUUGGGCGGGUGUUAUGGUGCUGGGUCCGUCACUUCCGCAGUGAUGGCGGUGUGGGUGUCCGCGGGUGGAUGUGGUGUCUUGUCGCCGCUUAGAGGAGGGCUCCGGGCCGGGCGGGCCGCGGUCCUGGCGUGGAGGGUCCCGGUGCGGGCUGCAGGCACCGGGCCGGUGUAUGAUGUGGUGGUGUCGGGCGGGGGGAUGGUCGGGAGCGCUAUGGCCGCGGCGCUGGGACAUGAUGUCCACUUCCGUGAGAAGAAAAUCCUAUUAUUGGAAGCUGGCCCUAGGAAAGUGUCUGACCGUUUGCCUGAGAGUUACAGUAACAGGGUCAGUUCCAUCUCCCCUGGUUCAGCCACCCUUCUGAGCAGUUUUGGUGCCUGGGAUCAUGUCUGCAGCCUGCGAUUCAAACCCUUCCAGCGGAUGCAGGUAUGGGAUGCCUGUUCAGAAGCCAUGAUAAUCUUUGAUAAAAACAACUUAGAAGACAUGGGUUAUGUAGUGGAGAACAAUGUCAUUAUGUCUGCUCUAACCAAACAGUUAGAUGCAGUGUCAGAUCAGGUGGAGGUUCUCUACAGGAGCAGAGCAGUUGGAUAUACCUGGCCCCUUUCCUGUCAUCUCUCUGACACAAGCCCUUGGGUCAAAAUUGACUUAGCUGAUGGACGCAGACUAGAGACCAAACUGCUGAUUGGUGCAGAUGGUCAGAACUCCAUGGUCCGGAAAGCAGCUGGAAUUCAGAACAUCCACUAUCAAUAUGAUCAGUCAGCUGUGGUUGCUACUCUGCUCUUGUCUGAGGCCACAGACAACAAUGUAGCAUGGCAGAGAUUCCUCCCUUCAGGGCCAAUUGCUCUUCUGCCGCUCUCUGACACUGCCAGCUCUUUGGUUUGGUCCACAUCUCAUGAACACGCAUCACAGCUUCUUAGUAUGGAUGAGGAAAGCUUUGUGGACACCAUCAACUCUGCCUUUUGGAGCAACCUACACCACUCGGACUUUAUUGAUACUGCUGGAUCCGUGUUCCGAUCUGCUAUUUCUCUCCUGAUGCCAUCAGGCACUGCAGCCCGCCAGCUGCCCCCAAGCAUUGCCAAAGUGGAGCCAAAGAGCCGAGCUGUGUUUCCUCUUGGAAUGGGGCAUGCCACAGAAUAUGUCCGGCACCGGAUGGCGCUUAUUGGGGAUGCAGCACACAGAGUCCAUCCACUAGCAGGACAAGGUGUAAAUAUGGGCUUUGGAGAUAUUGCAUGCUUGACACAUCACCUCAGCACAGCAGCCUUCAAUGGGAAGGAUCUGGGCUCCAUAAAGCACCUCUUACAGUUUGAGACAGACCGUCAGAGGCAUAACCUCUCUUUAAUGGCUGCCAUCGACUUGUUAAAGAGACUCUACUCCACAAGUGUCGCUCCCUUUGUGCUGCUGAGGACAUGGGGAUUACAAACAACAAAUGCCUUGUCUCCAGUCAAAGAGCAGAUUAUGUCCUUUGCCAGUAAGUAAUUUCUCCAUCUUGCUAGAGCUGCAGUUCACUGGUGACUGCUGGGAACCUGAGAUCUUUAACCCUGUGAGAACUGUAUCAGGUCUGGUUUGGAAACAUGUAUUUAAAUAGUGUCUUUGAAGAAUAACAAACAGGAAUGAAAUUUUUUUCUUACAACAUA